AUGAGGGACAGAGCUCGGAUUCCGUUGCUGGCGAGGUCCGUCAAGGAUAGAUUUACCUUAUAUUUGGGCGGAGCAGAUCCUUGGGCUGCUCAAAGCUGGUUGAAGAACUUAGAGAGCACCUUUGGGUACCUGAGUUGCACGGACGAGGAGAAAGUGGAACUGGCAGCGUAUCAUCUCUGGGAGCAGGCAGUCACAUGGUGGGACAUGCAGAAGACAAUCUUUGGGGAGCAGUGCAUCACAUGGGCGAUGUUCCGAGACACGUUUGAGCGGCAAUAUUUACCAGCGACCUUCUGUCUAGAACGAUGCCAGGAAUUUCUGAAUCUCAAGCAAGGCGACCGGUCAGUGAUGGAGUACAAUGCUGAAUUCUGUAGACUGGCGGAAUUUUGUCCUCACUUAGUGGCACAAGAUUAUGAUCGUAUGCAGCUCACUCAGGGUCUCGGAUCCGGAUGUCAGGAUUUCCAGGUAGUUCCUAUCGGGAGGUUCUAG